AUGAACCAGACAAUGGAUCCUCUCUCAAGAUUACCAGUGGAGUGCUUGCAACACAUCCUCCACUUCAUCUCCCUCCUCACCUACAACAGCAAUAAACAAGCCCUACACGCGCUCAUCUGCACAAACAAACACCUUGCCCUCAUCACCCUGCCGUACCUGUACUCGCACCCAUUCCAGUACACCACCCACUUCAGAACCUACUCUGCCAGGAUCGGGAUCGAGCCGUCGUCUGUGAGACUCACCCGCAUGCUUCUGCUACUGCUGCUCUCCACAACCAAAGGGGGCGCUUACUUUUCGCAGCUGUCUACGCCGGUCCGGCUUGCUUAUCGACUUGGAGACGGGACUCGGGAGGUACCAUCUACCACGGCUACUACCUCACCCUCUACUACCACUACCCCUAUUACUACCACCACCACUACCACCACCCUCAGCACGACUGCGUUUUCGCUCGAUUACAUGAUGCACCUUCGUCACCUGGAUGUAGAAUGGACUGUGACAGGGAACUAUCACGGUGCACCAAAUAUCAAGCCCACAGCGGACUUAAAAAAAUUUAUGGGAGGAAACGAGUACGAGCACAUGAUGGGAUUCAACCAACUCCUGGAGGCCUGGGUUUACGGCAAUGGUCUUAGUGAUGUCCGCGUAUGGAGUCUCUGGCCGAUUCUCCGACGGGAAGUGACAUGGGCGAUUGCUGGACCAAUUCUAGAGCAACUGCAGUCUUUGGUCAUCCCUGUCUCGGAUAUUGGGAGAUACCGCGGUGUUAUUGGGCGACUUUCGAACCUGGAGCAGGUUCGGUUCUCGCUGGACAUGCCUUUUGACUAUGGUGAGGAGUAUAACAAUGACUUGACGCUCGAAUUCGUCGCCACCACCCAACGACGAAAAGCAAACUCCCUGGCAGCAAUGGUCGCGUUUGUCAAGGAGCACACUCAGUUGUUCCCGAACCAUCUCCUCUUUGUCACUUGCACCAACGGCGUCGUCUACAAUUUCGAGGAACAGGAAUGUCCCGAGGAAACACUUUUCGAAAUCGCCCGUCUCUUACCACCACUUCCGCGACCGCUCUAUCUGGAUGAGAGCAACUGGCUUCGGUUUACUGUUGCACCCCUCAGGAUCGAUCUUGGUGCUGUUGAGAGUGUUGUUUCCCCGACGGAACCGCAGUCGUGGUGGUAUAGGGCGGUCUGUGAGAAUCGGGAGUUUCUGAGGCGCUGUAGGAGUUUGCGGAACUUGGACAUGGUCACGCUAGGGCCUGGGACUUUUCGGUGGGCUGUUCAAGAGAGACAGGACCUGGAUCAGCUUGAUGGGAACGUGGCACCUGAUACCACUACCGCCGCCGUAGCCGCCAUUACCGACAACAACAACCUUACACGACAGCAGGAAAACCAACGACAAGUGCUGCAUGGCCUCGUCCCAAUCCGGUCCGUGACGAUUUCAGAACAUAUCACGCCGUUUGCGGACGAAAUUAACGACAUUGCGAUCGGAUUCAGCCUGACCCUGGAAUGCCUCUCCAUCGAAGCCUCGAUCGAAAACGGACCGCCAUCUCUUCUGGAGAGAAUUAUCCAUGUCGGAACUGGCUGGGUUGACCUCCCUGUCUUGACAAACCUGAGUCUGAACUCCACCAAUGCGAGCUUUACCUUCGAUCGCCGGAUAUGGGCGCACUGCCCAAGUCUUGUUUUGCUCGCCAUUGUCGACCCGACUACUCGCUACCGUUGCCAAGAUAUCGUUCCUUGUCUACCGGGCCAUCAUUCCAACUUGGAGACCCUGUGGCUACAAGGCUCGAGCGCGCUAGUCUUUGACCCGACCACACUGGACUCAACUCUCAAGCUGACCUCUUUGGGUAUAAACACUGGAAACUGCACUGAUUCACAUUUCUUUAUCCCGCCUGUUCAGGAAUUGGAGCGGUCAUAUGGGACAAAGAGCCUGUAUGGUCAGGAUGAAGAGGAUGACGAGGAAGGAGGUGAAGGGAAUGCCUCUAUUCAGACAGGACCCGGUGGCACUACUGACGUCAUUCUUCGACCGAGAUGGACCUGGAACUGGAACUUGCCUGUGCUGAGCUACGCCAUGUUUACUGCAGAAUUCGCAUAUCGGUUCCAGUUCAGGAUGCUUCAGAAAUGUCCGCGGUUGGAAGUCCUACACCUGGACAUGACUUCGAUGGACGGACCGGAUGCUCACACUCGAGUUCUCUCCAGGGCCGAUCUGUUUGGCUCGAUUUCGUCGUCGGUGUCGUCAGGGUCGCACUCAGGCAACAUUCAGAACGACGAACGCAUUGUCGCGCGAUGGAUAUAUACGUUGGAGCUAAAAGGCCAAUGGGUGAUUGACGACUCGUUACUGCCCGAGUUCCUGGCGGGGAUGUUCCCAAGGUUGCAGCACUUCAACGAGAAGACGUUUGGAGGGAUCAGCCUUUUGGGGUUGUUGAAUGUGAUGAGGGAGUUUGCUCCGGAUUACGGGUGUGAGAUUGAUGAAGAGGGGGGAGGAGAAGUACCACCUUUGAGCGUCCUUCAGAAGGUGACGGCGGACAUUUCGUUCGACUUUGCGGAUGUUGAGCAGUUGGACAAACUUGGAGUGUACCCAUUUUGGUAUCACAGAGAACAGGAGAGAUUGAAUACGAAGGCGUAUCUGAAGCCGAAGAUAGAAUUUUGCGGAGAUAUUUCGGGGUCGAGAGAGAUUAUGGACAACCAGCUUGAAUGCGUUGUACUUCGAGAACCUAUUCAUUAA